UGUAGCUGUGAGGGAAGGUGGAUGGCCCCAUAUGAGAGGUAGAUUUUUGAGAAGGGCAGAUAGGGUUCUUGAUUGUGCACAGUGUCUAAAUCCCCAUGUUUGGUACUGUGAUGGUGUGGGGGUGGUGCGGAUUAGCCCAAAUGAGGGAAAAUCAAAGCAAAAAAGGGGAACCUGCUCAGAGCAUGUUUUGUGCACCAGCACCAGUAUUUAUAGAUUACAUGUAAUUUAGGGUCAUAAUUUAUUAACUACACUAAUAUGAAAUACAAGUAUGGACAUAAAAGGGAAAUAUGAUUUUUCAUUAGUCUGUCAUAAUCUGACUUUGGUGUAUACCCCCUAUCCACAUGUUUCAAAACCAAAGAAACUGUCCCCUGCCACCUAAACUCAACAUUGCCAGCAGAGACGAGGGAACUAAGACUACGGAUAAAAGUAUCCAAACGUGGUGAGAAGACUUGGAUGAAUUAACAUAACAGAAGGAAGACCGGAAGCCAUUGUUAUAUGGUGGUAUAAUGUAUCAGCUGUUCUAUCACUUCAUACAUAUCGAGAUUGCAGAUAAGAUAUUACCUCAUCAGAAUUCAUAACUUGAGCAAUAUGUUCCCUUUGACAUUCAAUUUUAUUACUGAUAACCCUAUGUUACUGUAAAUUCAUUCAUCUUCCUCCAAAGAUGUACAUGUUAAAUUCUUCAUUGCUAUUUUAGCUCACCUGAGUCAAUGACAAGUUUUUCUGAUCAAAAUGUGUCCAUUGUACAUCGUCGUUGUUUGCAUUCUCCUCAUCAUAAACUUUCCUCAUUUUCAUAUUCUUUUCCAGAACCACUGGGCAAAUUUCAACCAAACUUGGCACAGAGCACCUUUGGGUGAAGGGGAUUUAAAUUUUUAAAAUGAAGGGCCGUGCCCGUUCAAAAAUGCAAAAAUAUGAUGGGUAAUUUUAAAAUCUUCUCAAGAACCACUGGGCCUGAAGAAAUAAAAUUCAUAUGAAAGCUUAUUGACAUAUUAAAAUUUGUUAAAUGUGUGCCUCCCCCCACCCUCCCCAGGGAUAGCAUGGUGCACAAAACGGGAUGAAAAAAAAAUACAUGCAAAUAUAUAGGGAAAUUUUUUAAUGUCUUCUGAAGAGGCACUGGCCAGAAAAGUACAGAUUUACAUCAAAGGUUUCUGAUAUAGUGCAGAUUAAAAUUUGUUAAAAUCAUAGCUCCGAGGGGUUGGAUGGGUCCACAAUAGGGGGUAAAAGUUUCACAUACAAAUAUAAUUCGGAUAUUUUUGAAGAUCUUCUGAAGAACCACCAUACCAGAUAUGUUUAUGUUUACAUGAAAGUUUCCGGACAUAGUGCAGAUCGAAGUUUGUAAAAAUCAUGGCCCCGGGGUGUAGGGUGGGGCCACAAUAUGGGAACAACGAUUUACAUGGGGAAAAAAUGGGCAAAUCUUCUAAAGAACCACUGAGCAAAAAAAGUUUCCAAAACAUUUCUUUUAGUGAUGUAACCAGUGAAAAUAGACUUUUCUUCUAUUCUUCUGUAACCAGUGAAAAUAGACUUUUCUUCUAUUCUUCUAGCUGCCCAAAGUUUUGCAUACAAAUAUACACUGGACCAUUUACAUUUACAUGUAAGCUUUCUGACAUAGCACUGAUUCAAAAUCUCCCAGGGGCUGGGGUGGGUUAAGGUAGGAGCCACAAUAGGGAUUAAAGUUUUACAUUCGAAUAUGUAGGGGGAAUCAUUCUGAGAAUUUCACUUUUUAAAUGGCAUAAAUAGUAGGUUUAUCUCUUUUUGAUGCGGCAUAAACCUAUAGCAUUUGGCAUACACCUGACCAAAACUCCUUGCAGGGAAUGCACCACAUUUCUCUCCCCUCAAAAUUCAACCAUACUUUUCUGUUCAGCCACUGUGGUUUGAAUUCACGUUUUCUUUUUUUUCUUUUUUUUCAUAUAGCUUGCGUUUUUCUUGUUCUGAUUUUUUUGUUUGUUUGACACCAUUUGGUUUAAUAACGGGCUUUGUGCCAUCAAAAUAUUUUAACUGUAGAACCAUUUACACGUCAUUUGUUGACCUUCACCUCAAAUUAUAUUUGCUAAGUCAGAUGUAUAUUAUUUUCUUUUAACAUUCUUGCAAUAUUUGAAUAUUUGCGAAAUAAAGAAAAAAGGACAACUCUUGUUAUAUUGUUAGGGAAAAUUUUAAUUUAAAAAUCGAUCCCAAUAAAAUUCAUCAAUGCAGAUAAAAAAAAAAAAAACAUCGACAUUUAAAGACAUUCGAAUCAUACGCUGAACAAUUUGUCUAGAACACGUCAUAAUCUUCAAACCACUUACACACUUAUGUCGUAUAUUUUAAAAUCAAUGGGAGCACAGCGAUUUUUUUCUACCCACUGGUACUGGUACCGGUACCCAUUCAGUUGGGAAAAAUAGCGUCAAAAUGGAACAAAUUGGGAAUUUUCUAACAAUGUAUCGGCAAAUGAUUUCAACUAAAAGAAAAGAAAAAAGAGAACAAAACAAGAAGUAGUCAUGUCUUUACAAACUUUUUUACGCUAAUAUUUGCUGUUGUGAGAUAUAAGGAAUCGUCAUAGGCUCGUUUUAGAAUUGUUGUAGUUCUACAAAACAACCGCACUGCCAUGAUCUGUACUUUCGAUUUAAUACCAGAAGUGGACAUUUUAGUUAACUUCUACAACGUUUCAGACUAAGUAAAUUACGAUUUUUCGGCAAGUGAAUUGGGAAAUUUUAGUCUCAAAAUUGGGAAAAAGCAAUGGUUUUUGGCAUUGGGAAUGGUACUGUUUAUCGGUACCAGUUAUAUAAGGAAAAAAAUCGCUGGAGCACAAUCCAGGUCCCAAAAUAGAUUUUGACGAUUGUAAGGGAAAAUAUUUAUUUUAAGUGCAUUAUCACACACGUACCAUAAUCAUUUCUUUGUUUCUUGGAAUUUGGCAUCUAGACAAUUCGGGAUAUCUUAUUUGCACAUGACAUGGUACAACCUCAUUUGGAAUAGCCGCGGUGUAUCGGUUAAAUUCUGAGACUGGAAAAUCUUUAAAUAUGGGUUAAGGUGACUCGGGUGAGCAAUGUGGCUCAUGGACCUCUUGUUUUAAAUAUCCUACAGUUGCCAUAUCACUGCAUAGAUGAAUUCAAUACUUUAGUUUUUCCACAGGUGAUAGCAGUUAGAUUUAUCAGCAUCACAAGAUAACAGCUAGAUAUACCAGCAUCACAAGGAGAGAUAAAAUGGAAAACAUGUGGUGGUUCAUACUGGACUUUCAUGAGGUCCUGCAGAACUGAGAAAAGGAAGUCGACGUCAAAGUGAUUGUAUUCUUAAAGACCCAGACCCUCCACAUCAUGGCCACACUAGGACUCAGUACUCAGCUAAAAGUACGACAAUGUUCUCAAUGUCAGAGGGACACUGAAUUUUACUGUAACACAUGUAAACGUGAUCUGUGUUUACAGUGUAAAAAGAAACAUGUCAUUGAUCUACAUACCAAACACCAUGAUGUUGUGAUUUACCGUGAGAAGUUUAACUACAUCCCCAGACAAGAGAUCUGUGUCAGACAUCCAGACAGGUUCUAUGAAAUGUUCUGUCAGUCGUGUGAACUUUCUGUCUGUUUCCGAUGUUUAGAGCACCGAAAACACCAAAUACUGGAUCUUAGAACAGCCUAUCAAACAAAGCGACAACAACACCGAGAAAUCAUUGACAACAUCAGAAGUGAGACUCUCUAUAACUGUCGUGUUCUCCUGGCAGGAAUCCAAACUGAUAUCCAAACUUGUCCCCCACAAAUCUGUCACCGUCAAUCACAGAUGUCAACAAAAGCCCAGAGACUGAAGGAUCUGAUUGACACUGUGGUAUGUGAUGUUAAAACAAGAUACCGAGGUUUAUUGAUUGAUAGAAUACAACAACAGAAGAGAAAAAUGAACAGAGAACUAGUUCACCUACAGAACUAUGAAGACAGAUAUGAACAAUCAGCAAACAGAGCGGUACAAUUCCUCUUGUUUAUAAAGACCAGUCGUGUCCCCCAGAUAAAGAACAGUCCUAGUCAGUUAUUGAGUGUCAUCACAGAAAUCCAAAUGACAACAGGAAAACGACAAGUAGGAAUAGACGAGUGUGUGAAACUGAUGUCCACACCUGUAUUACACACGUCUGUCUGUGUGACAGGUGUUAGUCGUGUGGUACACAUAUCUCGUGUGAUGUCAGAUCGGGUCUGGGUCUCUGAUUAUAACAAUCUCAUCUUGACAGACACAACAGGAGACACUAUACACCGUGUGACAGAUAUAGGAUGGUAUAGAGGACACACAGUGAACAGUUCUGGUGAACUGAUUUAUAUAGACAGUGAUUAUAACAUCAACAAACUGUCUACAGACAAUAAAACAGUCACCAGACUGAUACAGAGUACAUCACCAUGGUAUCCACGGUGUGUGUACUGCUCCCCGUCCACUGGAGAUCUGAUGGUGGGGAUGUGGAACAUUGAUACAAAGACAGGCAAGGUAACCCGGUACAACAGUAGUGGUCAACACAUCCUGACCAUAGAACACGACAACACAGGUCACACACUGUAUAGUGUUCCUCUCUAUAUCACAGAGAACAAUAACGGUGAUAUCAUUGUGUCUGACAGGAUUAAUGAUGACCGUGGUGCUGUAGUGGUGAAAGAGCGCGGGGGGAGACAUCGAUUCUCCUACACAGAACCUCCAUCAGGAUCAUCACUAGCACCAUGGGGAAUCUGUACAGACGCGCUGUCACACAUCCUGGUGUGUGAUGAUAACACCCACACAGUACAGAUGAUUGACAAGGACGGUCACUUCCUGUCUCUGUUACUGACACGACAACACGGGAUAAACACACCAUGGAGCCUGAACUAUGAUGAUAAAACUCACCUUCUCUGGGUCGGAUCAUGGUACACCAACACAGUGUCUGUACAUAGAUAUCUACAGAGGAGGUACUCUCUGACUGACUAUCCAGACAGUGAGGAAGACGACACCAGGGGGAAAUUUGACGUUGAUGACAAGGACGCCAGGGGAGAAGCUGAUCCUAAAACAUGUUGCCAGCGGUGUAUCUUGGUGUAGAUAUGACAUACAAUUACCAUUACCAUUCCUUCAGCCAAUGAAACUGAUAUACAUUUCUUAAUCUGGUGAUGGUGGACACGGAUUACAUUUUCUCAUCUAGUGAUGGUGGACACUGAUUACAUUUCCUCAUCUAGUGAUGGUGGACAUUGAUUACAUUUCCUCAUCUAGUGAUGGUGGACAUUGAUUACAUUAUUCCCAUCUAGUGAUGGUGGAUACUCAUUACAUUUCCUCAUCUAGUGGUGGUGGAUAUUGAUUACAUUCCUUAAUCUAGUUAUGGUGGACAUUGAUUACAUUUCCUCAUCUAGUGAUGGUGGACAUUGAUUACAUUUCCUCAUCUAGUGAUGGUGGACAUUGAUUACAUUUCCUCAUCUAGUGAUGGUGGACAUUGAUUACAUUUCCUCUUCUAGUGAUGGUGGACAUUGAUUACAUUUCCUCAUCUAGUGAUGGUGGACAUUGAUUGCAUUUAUCAGUCAGUGAUGGCAGACAUACAUUCAAGUUUAUAAUUGUGGCAUGCAUUCAUCGAGUUGUGUUGACCAUAAACUUCAUGUAAUUCAUUGAUCAAACUUUCAUUUUCACACUUUAUAUAUUAUGUAUUGACUUUAUGAGAUACAUUUUUUAUAGAAGUUUUAUGAUGUAUUUUUGUAAAAGAAUUUUCAAUCAUGUAAAUGUUUUAGAUAUUUUCUAUCUGUAUUAUGCAUGUCUGCAAAAAACAAAACAAGGUACGAUUGUGUACAUAAAAAGAACCCAGAAAUGUCUCUUGUUUUUAAAUGUGUCUUGAAUCAAGCUUGAUCUGUGUUUUGAAUUAGCUUAACAUGCCAAGUAUACCAUUUCAACUUAAAGUUAUUUCUUAUUUCAUAGCUUUAUUACGCCAUUAAUGAAAGUUUGUCCCGAAUUAUUUUUCAAAAAGAGCUUGAUAACGUUAAAUUUGAUCCAGAUUAUUGCUUAGGAAAAGGUGUGCCCAUCCCUCGAGCAUAAUAAAAUUCAUACUGUGUAUUAAGAAAAGAUGAAAAAUGAAUUCGAAUAUGAAUUUGCUUGAUUCAUAGGCUGUAUGUUUUCCAAAAGGAAAACCCCCUGAAUAAAUGUUUUUUCAUUGAUUUUGCCAAUUUUCUGCCAACUUCACACUCAUGUCAUACAACACAAAGCAACUUUGGAUCAAAUUAAACGUAAUUUCGAUUUGUUUAUACAUUCUUUAUUUAAAUUUCAAAUUCUGGGACUACUACUGAAAUCAUUUAUUUUCUGGGUCAGAUGACUUCAGAAACUCUACAUACUUUUUUUUUAAAAACCAAUCUGUUUACCAAAUUCGACACUGAGCAGUAAAGUAUCAGAAAGGGACUCAAUAAUAUUCAAUAAUAUUCGAGGGGUUCAGUUAAUCCAUUUCUAAAUUGCCACAUAGGGCGUAUUUUUAAACAAAAAAUAAACAUUCCUGUUUUACAAGACUUCAUUUCCUCAUGUAGAAUAGGGUUUUCAGCAUACGGUGAGUAAAACUAACGUAGAGUUGGGAAACGGUUCUUAGAGUUAGAUAGUUCUAUAAAGAUUCGAGGUCCACAUUGGUUCAAGUUAGAAUGAGUUAUGUUUAGGCCAUCGCAGUGUUUACAUUUAGUCUUGAGCGGUAUUACUUUGAGGUUCAUGCUGGUGUAGUAAAAUGUUUGUUUUUGACAAUACAUGUAUAUGGAACCUCAUUGUUGUCCUAACUUUAGAUUUUCUUAUCAUUUCUGUACAUCUGUUGUGUAGUUAUGGUUUUUAUUAUCGCCCGUCAUUAGACGGGACAUAUUAUGUUACAGCGCUGUCUGUCCGGCUGACUGUCCGUCCGUCUGUCCGUCCCGGGUCAUGUUUUCCGGACCUUUUUUCCGUAACGGAUCCAUGUACAACUUUGAAAUUUGGUCACCAUAUCUCCCUCAAGAAUUGUAAGAGUGAGUUUGCAUUUCAGCUGCAUUGGUCCAUUGUUGAUCUACUUUAGGGCUAUAAGUAGGUCAAACAGUUUUCCGGGCUUCUUUUCUUUGUUCGUCAAUACAACCUCGCAUUGGGUCAAAUGCUGUCUGACGUGUUUCAUACCGAUUGUUAAGCCGUUCUUGGCACACUGAUUUUGACUGCGGAUCACUCCGUUUACCUGGUCAGGAUAUGGGGCUCACGGCGGGUGUAACCGGUCAACAGGGGAUGCUUACUCCUCCAAGGCACCUGAUCCCACCUCUGGUGUGUCCAUGGGUCCGUGUUUGCCCAACUAUCUAUUUUGUAUUGCUUGUAGGAGUUAUGAGAUUGAUCACUGUUCGUUAUCUUCACCUUGCAUACAGAUGUUGCACUGAAAUUUCCACAUAAGCUUCAUUUCAGAAAAAUGCAAGUUCAGUUAGCAUUUCUGUUCCGUGACGUACAUUAGGACUGAUAGUAGGUCAAAUAGAUUUCUGGGCCUUUUUUUUUUUUAUUACGGAUACAGAUAUUGUCCUGAAAUUAAGUCGGAGGCUUCCUCUUGGAGGAAUACAAGUUCAGUCUUAAUUUCAGCUGGAUUAAUCUAAGCUGAAAGUAGGUCAAACAGUUUUCAGGGCUUUUUUCAUUACAGAUACAAAUAUUACACUGAUAUUUAGUCAUAGGCUUCCUCUCGGAUGAAUACAAGUUCAAUUUGCAUUUCAGUUAGAUUGGUCUAUCCUUGACCUACUUUUUGGGAAAAUAGGUCAAACAGUUUUCCAGGCUUUUUAUCCUUAUAGAUACAGAUAUUACCCUGAUAUUUAGUCAAAGGCUUCCUCUCAGAGGAAUACAAGUCCAGUUUGCAUUUCAGCUGUAUUGAUCUAUCGUUGACAUACUUUUGGACUAAACAUAGGCCAUACAGUUUUCCAGACUUUUUGUCAUUAUGGAUACAGAUAUUGCCCUGAAAUUUAGUCAAAGGCUCACUGGGAGACGGGCGUAUAUUGUACUAUUUGUUCUACUCUUGUUUUGUUGGAGGGGUGAGUAAAUUUUAUAUUUCUUAGAGAUUAUUAUAUUCAUUCAUUUUCAUGAAGAAGUUUAUCAUUUGAGAUCAACUACUCUGAAACCAUACUUAUUUAUGCUAUGAUAAAUUUGUAAACUUUACAGGUCUUUUCAUUUCGAACAAGGUGUUGUACACGAUCUAAGAAUAACAUCCGAACCUGGAUAAAACAAGUAAACAGUGUAGUAUGAUAAGUCUUCUGAUCUCAAGUACUAGUGACAGCGAGUUGUUUUCAUACACAAUAUAAUUUGUACUUUGGAAGAAGCUAGACUUAUUUCAAUCCCAGCAUACACACAGGCUUCCUGGUACAUUUUUUGGUGCAUGGACCAGGAUUUACGCUACAUUUUGCUUCCCAUUACAUUCAGAAAACAAAGAAAACAUGAUAAAGUUUAAAGUAUUUUAUUGUUCAAAAUAUCAUGGGACUAAUUCAAAGGACACAAAAUGUUAAUAUACAUGUAUAUAU